AUGGGUGCAGCUUUGGAGACCUCGAAAAGAGCUUACGAGCGUUUUCGUUCCAUCUGCCGGUCUGCAAAAUCGCGUAUCACACGUCCUGGAGACACCAAACCUGUUCCUCCAGGUGACUCAUCGGAGCCGGCGACUGUAGCCGACAAUGUCUCUUCUCGCUACAGACCAACUCAAAGGCGUAUUAGCCCUAGCGUUGGAGGCGCUCCUGGCCCCUCUCCUCCACCCAGCACUCCAACUUCCUGUCUACCCCAAGGGCCUAUGACUUCCGGAGUCGGAGGCACACUUAGCCCCUCUGCACCGCGCAGCACCUCAACCUCGUCGCUGGAUGAAAGUCCACUUGACAAAAACGACGUGCUCAGAGAAGCUCCGAUUGCAGGGUUCCGACUACCAUCGAGGAAAGCUCAACUGAUCAUGCAAGCUUACCGGUUGGGUCACGACAACGGAUGCACCACCAACGACCUGAGCUUCCACGGCUGGUUUGCAUGCGUCAAGCUGAAUACCGCCAUCUACUUCCGCUCCAACGCCAAGAUUGUAGAUGGCCAGCUCAUCCUAAAGCUCGACGUCUCGAAGCGGGCCAUAAACCCGUCCUUCAAAGCCCACCUGCAGAUUGGAGUGCUGGACAACAUGAUCCCAGAGAUGUACCUGAAGUUCUCCAAAUUCAGCUUCAACCAACGCAGCGCGGACUCAACCGUUUUCAUCCACUAUCCCAACAGCGACGCGGAAGUGCGUGCGACGAUGACCACGAACCCCCAGACAAAAGUGCGCGAUAUGCGCGUUACGCUAUGGUGCAAUCUGGGAGGAUGCGAGAGCCCCUUCGACAGCCGGCGGGAUAACAACGCGGGGUCUUACCACGAUCCUACCUUACUGGGUGAUUGUCGCACCAUCAGCCCUGAGGAGUCGCUUUAUAUGAAGCACUUCAACGAUACAUCGCCUUCGAAAUUUGGGGACUACCUGUCAUCUGGGAGGAUGUUAACGGGGUUUUUUGGGCAAUGAUUUACCUCUUAUGGCUCCGACACGUUCAAAUUCCAUGGUGAUCCGAAAUCCUGUGCAUUUACGCCCCCCGCCCCCUCAUUCCCAACCCAGAAUACCGAAGCCAGGCGAACAUGAGGGACACAUGGGCAAAAUCGAUUUGUUUGCCUCUUUGUGUUUUUUUCUUUGUCGCUCUAUGUGAUCGUUUAAUUUGUAUUCACUAUGUAUUUGUAUGUCUGUUUUAAUAUUCGCCCCUAUCUCAAAUUAUCAACAAUCGGAGAAUAUAUCCCCCACCACACACCCCCUUUUCUUUUUGGCUCAUUGGUUAUUAUUUCACAUGCUACAAUACCCACGUUCAUAUUGAAUGUUGAAUAUAUAUAUCAUUGGAAUUUGAUAGAGUCGAACUGUUCUUCAAUAUAUAGUUUUCAAUCAGA